AUGGCAGCAGCUACAGCGAUGCAAAAGUCCAAUCGGCUUCGGACGGCGGCACUGGCGAGAGCGAAUCCCGACUGGAUAGCGGUUGACUGUGAACACGGCAACAUAGAUGACGCUGCGAUGCAUGAGCUUGUGCCGGCCAUCGCCGCAUGCGGAGUAUCUCCUAUCGUGAGAAUUCCUGACUUUCAGCCAUGGAUGAUCAAGAGGGCACUAGAUUGCGGCGCACACGGUAUUGUGGUGCCACUUAUUCGUACGGUCGAGGAGGUCAAGCAAGUCGUGGCCGCUUGCAAGUUCCCGCCGCAAGGACGCCGAGGAUUCGGCUCCGCCAUCGCCAUGCAAAAUUUCAGUCCGGUGCCUUCGUUCACGGAAUACCUCCAGCAGGCCAAUGAUGCUAUUCUCGUCAUGGUACAGAUCGAGACCAAGGAAGCCCUGGCUGCAGUGGAUGAGAUAGCUCCGUUGGUUGACGUCUUGUUUAUUGGUCCAUUUGAUCUGGGCAACAACAUCGGACACCCCAUAAUCAACGGUGACGUAAAGCCUGAGCUUAAGGAAGCGAUCGCGAAGAUCCUGAAGGCUACCAAGAAUGCCGGAAUCAAAUGCGGAAUGUAUGCCUCGUCUGGCGAGGAAGCUGCGAAAUAUGGUGCCAUGGGCUUUGACAUGAUCAAUGUCGGCACAGAUAUAACAACUAUCGAGUUUGUAAUGAAGCAGGCGAUGGCGACUGCUCAAGGCGGUGUGGGACCGGAGAAGGGUAAAGGGUACGGGUCAUAA